AUGUCUACGCGAUCCCCUCGGGGCCGUUCGCCCAUCCCCUCACACCAAGAUCGAGCUCCGUCGCGUUCAAUGCGCUCUCGAUCUCCCCAAUCACCGCGACCCCGAAGCAUCUCUUCUCGCAGCCCCUCACAAGAUCGCCGUGACCGACGCUCUCGCUCUCGAUCAUCAUCUCGUGGCCGUAGUGGUCGCCGAAACCGCAGCCCAAGCUACAGUCGCUCUCCAAGUCGGGAUGUUAGCCCUCCCAGAAGUGCAAAGUGCUUUGAAAUAUCAGAUUUCGCUAACCAAGAAGAGCAGAUUGUCGUGGAAAAAUUGACCAAGAAUGUGACAGAAGCUCAUCUCCGAGAGAUCUUCGGUAGCUUCGGUGACAUUGAACACCUUGAUCUCCCCAUGAACCGAACAUACGCGCUUUCUCACGAACUCCACCCCCAUCAUCCAAACGAGGAAACUUUGGCAGACCUCAAAUGGGUAGAGGGUCCCCUCCAAGGCGGGGCGGGCGUGCGCGGCCUGGCGAACGACACGAUACCUAUCGACCUCCAUCGCGAUCGCGAUCACCGGUCCGCUCUCGAUCCCCACCAAGGAAAGAGAGUGCUCGUCCCGAUAAUUCACGACAACGUCGACGACGAAGCCCCAGUUACAGUAGUUUCAGCAGUCGCAGUGACCGAAGCCGAAGCCGAAGCCCAGUUAGAAGCCGGAGCCGGAAUCGGCGUUAAAUGA